GAAAAUUGGGAAUUGUGUUGGUUUGUCCAUUUUCCGUGGUUUUUGGGCAGGAUGCUACAGGAGGUGGAAUGAGGAUGGGAGCAGCAGCUGCAUCAGGUGCAGGAACGAGACCCUGCCCAGCCCCUCUGGGCACAACCUCAGCGAGUGCAGGAGCUCUGGGAGCAGAGGGAUGAACUCCCACGUGAACAUGAGCUCUCCUUUCAUCCAGAACUUUGGGGGCCCUGAAGUCGCCGCCUCUCUGAUUCUGGGCACGUUUUUCCUCAGUUUAUUCCUGAUCCUUUCUGUGGCUUCUUUCUUCUACCUCAAACGAGCCAACAAACUCCCAAAGAUUUUCUACAGAAGGAACAAAGCAUCUGUUCUCCAGCCCAGUGAAACAGCAUCCAUGAUCUCUCCUCCAGCUUCUUCAGGUGAGGAAGUUUCCCCUGGAAUGUGCUAAAAAUAAAGGGAAAAUCCCAAAAAUUCCCGGGACAAGGAACAGAAAUCAGUGGGAUUUGAUUUUUCUAAUGGGAUUUGUUGCUUUAAUUCAUGCAGGGCAAAAUAUUGAUGGGAUUUCUGGUGGGAAAUCCAUUUUUGGGGUUCUGGUUGGGUUUUGUGGGGUUGGGAUUGGGUUU